AUGACCUUGACUACGGACAACAUUCCCACAGUACCUGCUAACAAUCCAAUUGCUAAUUCAUUUAGCUCAUUUGAUGACAUCUCUAGAAAAGUUCUGAGGGCAAAUUAUCCUGCCAAUCUUCGAAAACCUUCAUUAACUCCCAAUGACAGAAGUAGCGAUUCUAACAGUCAUAACAUAGAACAAAUUUUGGAAGUUUUAAUUUCAACAAAUUUAAAUCCAAGCAAUACUUUUGACCAUGAUUUAUUGGAUUUGUUGGUUUCUGGAUGCAAUACUAUUAAUACAACUGACGAGCAUAUGACUUCAAAAUUUAGUAGAAUUAUUUUUACUUUCUGUAGUAGACAUAUGGUUCGUCUAAAUGACAUUGAAGCAAAACAACCCCCUUUAGAUAUUUUGAUAAAUUUUUUGAUAGAAUCGUAUUCAAAAGCCACUCAAAUUUCCUAUAUUGUUGACAUUCUGAGAGCUCUAAGUCAAGUUUUAUACGAUAAUGGUGCAAAUUGCCAGAAUCUUCAUCAGAAAAUUUUGCAAAUUCUUCUUCCUAUUGCAAAAUUUGAUUAUCCAAACCUUGAAAUCCGCCGUAUGGCGAUUAACGGUCUAGGAAAUUUAUGUUUUCGUAGUGGUACCAAGUUACAAGAAGAAUACAGAAGUAUUUAUGAAGUACUUUUAUCGAAUCUUAUGACCAUAGAACCUAAUUUCGAUGACGCUGCUUUUCUCAAAGUUAUUAGUAGCACAUUAAGAGCAUUACAAUUUAUCAUGAAUGAAGAUAAGACCAUUGUUACAGAAACAUUUGGCGAAACAAUUGAAGCUAUAAAUAGAUAUAUUUUCUUUAAUGCAGACGAAUUAAAAAAGUUUUCUUUAAAUACGGAUAGAACGUGGGCAAAUCAUGUAAACAUGAGAAAUAACGGGCCACCAUCACCAAAGUCUCCCACACGUAGCAGGCAUAAUCGCACAAGAUCGCUUGGUCGCUCCUGGUUAAAUUCUGAUUCAGAAUUGUCCGAUGGAGAGCACGUUCAAACUCGUAGAAGAAAUGAGGAUUCUCGAAUUCGGUCUAAUGCUGUCGGAUGCUUACAAAGCGUUGCAAGAGCCGCACCAAAAUUAUUAUAUCCUCAUUGGAAUCAUUUUCUUCCUGAUACAAAUGCUUCCUUGUCUUCAACUCCAUCUUUAUUCACAUUGAUUCAAUAUGAAGCUAUGCCUGCGGUUCGUAUAUCUGCCUGCUCAGUCAUAACAACAAUGAUCGAUGGGUCUAAACAAUAUUUGGCGGCUGCUGACGAUAGAGAGAUAAAAACAUCCUUCACUUCACUUUCCGCAAAAUUAGGUGCGAUUGUAAGGGAACUUCACGCUGGAUUGUUACAGAUACUUGUUAAGGAGAGCCAUAGCGUCAUUUUGAUUCAAUUAUUGAAGUGCUGCAACACUUUAGUCAACAAUACAACAUAUGAAAGAUUAUCUAAUGGCUAUCUUUCCCGAUUGUAUAAUGGAAUUGUUAAAUUUCUCGUUCAUGAAGAUAACAAUGUUCGAAUUGCGACCAUGACAUUGAUAUCUAACAUUGUGGAAUGCAAAUCAUGUGUCGAAGAGGUUGAAAAUCUUUUACAUACCGCUAUAAUAAAUGAGACGUUAGCAAAUGGAACAGAUGCAAUCAAUAUUUUGGCGUUUCUUAUAAAGCUUAUUGGUAAAAGCAAUCAACCUGCAUCUAUAAGAAUUGAAGCAUGGGGAGUUUUAUGUGCUUGUACAAGAACACAUUUUAUAGCCAUAAGUCCUCUAUGGGAACAGAUAAAUACUUUAAUCGAAACUGACCUCAAAUGUGAGGAUGUUAAUAUUCGUACGGCUUCAAUGAUGUUCUUAGUUGAAUAUGCUAGAGAGCUGGCUUCUGCUUGUGUGAGUCGCCCAAAUGAUGCAGAAGAUGAUAAUAUUGAGACACAACAGUAUAAAAAUUUAGAUUUGACUAAAGUAUAUGAAUGGUGGAUUACAGUUCUUGUUCAACAUGUUCAGAUGGCGACAAAUGAUCAAUGCCAUGCAGUAAGAGCCCAUGCGUGCGACUUUUUAUCAUAUAUUCCAGCUAGUGUAUUUUCAUCAUUACCAACGGAGAAAAAAAAUUUCUGUAUCAAAAUAUUACUUAAUUUUUCAAAAGAUGAAGAUGAAAGUCCAAAUGUUAGAGCAGCAGCGUGUCGUGGUCUUGGUGUAUAUAUUUUGUUCCCUAGCUUACAACAGGAUACUAAAUUCGCAUCAGACAUGGCGUUGACAGUAAUUCAACAGAUGUCUGACUCAAAUUUAUUGGUCAGAGUUAGAAGUAGUUGGGCUUUAGGAAAUUUAUGUGAUACUAUGGUUAUUUUGAGGCAUGUACCUACUAUUUUAAUCAAUCCUUCAAAUGUCAAUCAAGGAGUUACUCCUCGAAAUGCUAAUUUGAAUGAAUUCUUGAUUAAUGUUUUGUGGGCAAAAAUUGUUAAAGCUGGAUUGUCUGCAUCAAAUGAUAAUGAUAAGGUCCGUCCAAAUGGAGUGAGAGCAUUAGGCAGUAUUAUACAUGUCCUUCCUACAAACUUCAUAAUCAGAGAAGAAAGUGGAUUAAUAAAAGAUGUUGUAAUGGCUUUGAUUAAAAAUUUUGAAUCUGGUUCGUUGAAGGUUCGUUGGAAUGCAUGUUACGCAGCUUCGAACAUGUUACGGAAUCCAAAUUUUCCAAUAGGGCAAAAAUCAAAUACUUGGUCUGUGCAACUAUAUGAUGCGUUAAUUAGAGCUGUACAAACGUCCAAGAAUUUUAAAGUUAGAAUUAAUGCAUCUCUUGCACUUGCCACACCAACUACACGAGAUAAAUAUGGCGAUGUAACUACGUUUAUUAAAAUUCUACAAGCAGUGGUUACAAGCUUGGAAAAUAUUGAUAAUUUGGCAGGAACUGGAUUCAGCGAAGUUAAAUAUCAGGAACAAUUAAAGAAUCAGGUUUGUUAUUUAUUUGAUGACAAUGAAGUUGUCGAAACUUGA